AUGUCUUCAGCAACAAAACGUCAAAACAUUUUACAGUUGAUAAGGAAUCGAGAAUUAAACGAUCACAUCCGCACAAAGUAUGCAUUAAAAAGUAACUUGAAUUACAAAUGUAUUUCAAAACUUGGAUUACUCGCUCAAUUAGAAGGACAUCAAGGAUGUGUUAAUUGCCUACAAUGGAAUGAAAGUGGAAGCGUCUUAGCAUCAGCAUCUGAUGACUAUCAAGUAAUACUAUGGGAUCCAUUUUUACAAAAAGUUAAAACUACUAUUAAAACUUUACACCGCGGCAACAUAUUUUCUGUUAAGUUUAUACCUAGUUGUAAUGACGAUAUAGUUGCGACUGGAGCUGGUGAUUGGAGUUCACAUACAUACAAUGUAACAACAGGGAAACAAUUAAGAAGUUGCGUUUGUUCUCAAGGACGAAUCAAACGUCUAGCUGUAGCAAACGAUGCACCUAAUGUUUAUUGGUGUGCUUCAGAAGAUGGAUGCAUUAGUCAACAUGAUAUGAGAAUGAGCCAUGAAUGUCCUACCGAUAAAUCUAAAAAUACUUUGGUGACCGUAUUUAGUAAUUCGGGAAAAAGGAUUGAAGUUAAAUGCUUAGAUAUAAACCAACUUAGAACUGAGCAGCUUGCAGUUGGUGCUAAUGACCAAUAUGUGAGAUUGUAUGACCGCAGAAUGAUUCAAUCGCUGUCAUCAGUAGAUGUAAAAUGUCCUUCAUUCGUCUCGGAGUAUGAAGCUAAUAAUGCAAAUAAAGUUAACAAUGCACUCCAAUAUUUUGUACCGGGUCACAUCCAUUCUAAUGAUGAUAAUGAAACAAUAACUCCCAAAAGACUAAAAAAUUAUGUAAUUACUUAUUUGACUUUUAGUCCUGAUGGACAAGAGUUGUUAGCUAAUUAUGGUGGUGAAUAUGUAUAUUUAUAUAACUUGGUGAAUCGAUCUGAUAAUGCAUUUUUCAACAUCUCUAAAGUUAUGAAAGUUCCUCGAGAAAAUGGGGAGGGUACUUCUACAGAUUUAAUAGAUGAUCAAGUUCCUGUUCCUCAUAUGACACUACCAGAUAAAGUAGUACAAUUAAAAUUAAAGGCAAAUUAUUUAUUUGAAAAAGAAGACUAUACUGCUGCUAUUAUCCUUUAUAAUGAAGCCAUAAAUAUCCAUAAAUGCAGUGUACUGUUUUCAAAUAGAGCUGCAGCCUAUAUUAAAAGAAAGUGGCAUGGAGACUUUUACGCAGCUCUCAAAGAUUGUGUGACUGCAUUAAAAUUGGAGCCUAACCAUAUGAAAGCACAUUUUCGUUUGGCAGUAUGCCUGUUCGAACUGGACAAGUUUAGAGAUUCUAAAAUGUAUUUAGAUCAGUUCACAAUGAAAUACCCAUCAUAUAAAACUAGUGCCGCAUACAAAAGUCUUUAUAGUGAUUUAUUAAAUGCGCAAUCUAAAAAUAAAGAUAAAUCUGAUGGAAAAAAAUCGCGUGAAACGUCGGAUACAUCAAAUUUUCUAGAUGCGUUACAAAUUCAACGAGCCCCGAAGAUAGCUUUUGAGAAAUACUUUUGUAAUCAGGCAAAAGAUUACCAUCAUAGAUAUUAUGGUCAUUGUAAUACAUCUACUGACAUUAAAGAAGCUAACUUUUUUGGAAGCCAAAAUCAAUUCAUAGUAGCUGGUUCAGAUGAUGGUUUAUUUUUUAUUUGGGAAAAAAAUACAGAGAAUAAUUUGCUCAUACUGAAAGGGGAUACUUCAAUCGUAAAUUGUAUACAACCACAUCCUUCAGAGUUUUUGUUGGCAACUAGUGGUAUUGAUAAUGAAGUCAAGUUAUGGAGUCCAUUGCCAGAUGAUGUGGAUAAUACAUGUAUCGUAAAAAGUUACAGUACAACAGCUACGUUAAACCAAAGACGUAUGCUGGCUGAUCCAUUUGAAGUAAUAUUGCGUAAUAUGAGGAGAACUGCAGAAGGACUUGACCAUGUUGACAUUGACGCUAUACGUGAUGAAUAUGGAAUUGAUCCAUUAUCUGAAGAGUUUAAUGAUUGUCGAAUGAGUUGA